GCGCCACAACAAUCAGAUCUUCCACUGCUGCACAUCCUGAAUGUUUUUGUGUCAGGGACUACAUGAGAGCACGCUUAUAAUUAGACAUGUGUUUUCUGAGCUUUGAGUUAUUCAGAGAUCUGUUCAUCUCUUUGUUUUUUGUUGUUGAAGCAAUGAACAAUCAAAGACGAGGGGUGAGGAGUCCUGAAGAGCUUCUUUUCAGCCUUUAGAAUUUGGCCACAGCGACCCACAGAGAACCGAGAAGGCGCUGAAGUAUUUAAUCGAGAUGUUCCCAGGAAGCUGACACACACCAACGAUCCACUCAGGUAGAUUUUAGACUCUCUGCUGUCUCUUUGCCUUUACCUCUUUACAUUAUCAGAUCUUAUUGGAGUAUAAAGGGGUAAAACAUGGAGGAUAUUGGACUCCUUUUAGACUUUGAUCAGGAGGGCUCCACUGACUUUGCAUGUUGGGGACAGAUGGACCAAAACUUCCACUUUCAGACCCAGCUGGAUUCCUUCCUGAUGGACUGCCAGGCAGCCAGCGGUCAGCUCUCCCCCUGGUCUUCUUUUGGCUGUCAGUCUGUGUUUUCAGACACACAGCUGACAAUCACCGACUUGGAUGUACAGUCACCGGGACUUGGCGCUUGCGCUGAAAGCGACGGAUGCUCUGCCGAUGAACCUCUGGAGGCAGCCAAGCGCCGGACACGGAGCCUGGUGGUCCACCAGCCGUACAAGGUCCAACGGCACGCCGCCAACAUCCGGGAGAGGAAGAGGAUGCUGAGCAUCAACUCUGCCUUUGAGGAGCUGCGCUGCCAUGUCCCAACAUUUCCCUAUGAGAAGCGACUGUCUAAGAUAGACACUCUGAGGCUGGCCAUAGCCUACAUCGCCCUGCUGAGGGAGAUCCUCACGUCGGGGUCUGACCCCAAAUCCUAUGUUGAUGAGUGCAUGAAGAGCGGCUACAAGAAUCAAACCAAUGCAAUCUGGAAUACAAGCGAUCUGACAGCCCGUCUCUCUUGGAUAAAGUGGGAUUAGCUGGGAAACACGAUGGUAUCCUGAGUCUGUCGGCUGCAGCUAUGUGUCAAAGACGGACAGACCUGCUGGCUUGGUGCAGCCUGCUGACAUCUGCAGACUUCUCACUAGGUCACACACCUCCGCCUUUAUCAGCCUUCCUCGCCACUUUGUUCCAAGUAGCUUUUAAUAUUCUAAUUUACUGUUAACUGGUAAUUGAGAGGCAUUGUUUCAGAAAUUGGGGUAGUAAGGAGUCCUGGCACAGCGCAGCUUUCCCAAACGGAUGCCAUUUGUCACGGAGAGGCAAAGCUGGCAUCAAACUCAAAGGACUCAAACUUCUGCACACUGAGCUGAAGGGCUUUCUGGACUCAUUUUCAUCUAGCUGCAGUUUUAAAAACAGCCUUCGUCUUGUAAAUAAAAGAUCGAAGUAGAUGGUCAAGUGCUGCUUCCAAACAGCAGAAACAGUGGCUGGAAACUGAAUUACUCAAAUAGCUGCUAAUUGUGUUUUAUUUAAGCUUUUCAUUGGUAUUUAGAAAUAAAGUGGAUUAUGAAAUUGCCUUCCAUGAAAAGAUGUAGGCUACAUGUCCUCACCUUCUUAAAAUAAUGGCCUCAGUCAUUUUUUUUUUUUUUUUGCCAGAAGUGAUUUAGGCCAAAAGAAAAAGUCACUUUUGGCAAAAAAUGACUUAUGCCAUUAUUUUAGGAAGGUGAUUCAAUAUUAAGAACAUUUUUAACCAUGAAAUGUGACUAUUUUGUCUUGGAGAUGUGAUUUCUGUUUCUGUUUUAAGCUCUUUGAGGAGUUGGGCUAAACUGCUAACAAUGGUUUAAACAUCUUUCAAAACCAUCAAACUAUGUUUGCAAUUUGUCCUGAUUGGAAAAAAGUCAAGUGACAAAAAUGGUGCCUUACCAUUUUACAAUGCAUUUUCACAGUUUUUUAUUUUAUUUUCAACUCUUUCUUUGCUUGAGAUUUAAUGUAAGUGUAUUAUUGCAAAGAAAGUUGUUUUUAAAAGGAACUCUGAGGACAGUGGGAGUCAUCUUCAAAUCUUCAAAAGGAUUAUAAAUAAUUAUUUUUCCAUUAUCACAGAUGGUUAGAAUCUGCCAGAUUUACUAACCUAUCCCUAAUCCAAAACAGAUAACAGGAGACCAAAAAGACAAUCAGCUAGUCCAAAGAUAUAAACACUGAAUCUAAAUCUCAAGUGUUCCUUUUAAAAAUAUUUCAUAAUCCCUUGAUCUGUUUCUUUUUAUAUAUUUUACUGCAUUUCUCAAAUUCUGAAGAACACAAAAAACUUUUAUUGUUGCAGUGUUUCCUAAUCCUCACAGGGGGAUCUGAACCCAUCAGAAUACCAUUCGUAUGAGAUAUGAAUUAGUCAUCUGAGCGGAAAUUCUGGAGGCCAGAAGGAGUAGGAUCUUUCCAGUCUGUGGCUUACAUUAGGGUCUGUAUUUUAUUUAUUUAUUUUCUCUUUUUUUUUUUUUGCACUGAGGUGGUUUAUUGAUUUAACUUCCGACCGACCUGCUCUGACAAACGCCAAGAGGCUGUUCUCUCGGCUGGCAGGUGUGUUUAUCGUGUCAGAGAACCUCUGCAGUCUCUGGCGUUGCACUUGUAAAUAUAAUCAGUGCAUUGCAUCCUGUGAGGGAGUGGGCUAAAUUUAAAUCUAAAACAGUUCUGUGUAAAGGUCACGCAGCAGUCAGAACAAAGAUUAAUUGAUUUUGAUCAUUUUGAAACUGUUCAGAUAAAACUGUGCAGCUACAGUUAGUGGUAUACCUAAAGAUGUCUUAAAAAAGACAUUUUAUUACAGUAGUGUGUUGAGUGUGAGGCUAAGCAGUGAGCAAAUUUAGGAGAGUUACUAUUUCCAUGUAGUCAGUUUCUGACCUAUGUAGAUUAUGAGAAUGGUAUUUACUCGUCUUUCCUAUUUAAGUCGUUAGUCUCAGAUCAUAUCUAUAGUAGAGGCGUAGCGAUACCUAAAACACACAAGAUGAGACAGGAUAUUAAGUUCACGAGAGUAUUAGAUUCAAGGAAACUUCACAUAUAUACUUCAAAAAGCCCUGUAUUCUGCAUUUUUAUUGGCUUGAGGCAGCCGAUAGUGGAGCUUUCUACCACUUUCAGCAACAAUUUCUUGUGCUUACGUAUUGCUCAUGUCUCAUCUUUCACUCUUACUAUUUGCAGCUCUUACUGGGAACCCAAAAUGCUGCCAAACAGUUGAUUUAAGAGUUUUUGGGGCAUCUUCUAUUACAAUGAAGUCAAGACGAUUGCAACUAGCUUGUGCUCAUGAGAUGGCAGUCAACUCAACAACAAAUAUUGUGAUGCUUCAAUAUCGCAAAAUCUUGCACGACAAAAUGUUUCUACACCUUGGGGAAACAGGAAGCUCUGAACAACUAAUACAUUUCCAAAUUACUUUUAUCAAGUGAAAACAUUAAAUAAACACAAUAAUGCCAAAAGUAUUUGCUCAUCCCUUCAAAUUGAUCAAUUCUCUAACCUAUAUUAUUAGUGUAUAAUAUUCAGCUUGCAGGCUGGUUCUACAAACAUUUGGAAAAGCGUGGGUCUCUCCCAGUUUGGCAGUGACUUCCAGUGUUGUAACAUGAUGGAAGACAACUUGUGCAAUAUGUCCAGUGAUUACGUUAAUCUCUACUUGCUAUUCCCCAGUUAAACAUCACUGGCAUUGUUACAAAGUGGAAAUGAUUGGGUGUGACAGAAACUCAGCACAACAUUACUAAGCAGGUUGAGCCAAUGAGGCACAUUCACACUUUCAAACUUCAUGCAGCCUUCAGAUUUACUUAAGAACAAGUCCAGUUCCAUCCUGCAACUUUUGGAUGAACUAAAUCAAAUAUUUGACCCGAUUCAAAUAAAUGGUUUGUAUUUCCAGUUUUUGGCAGAGCUGAAUGACAUGCUGAUGAGGGAAUUCAGAGUAGAAAUGCAUCUAGAACUUGCAGGACAGCAGAUAUCAACUACUGGAUUUGGACUCCCAUGUUAUGCAGCUUCAUGGAAUGGAUUUCCAUACUGGGAGAGAAGACUCAAAGCUUUAUAUGAAGUGGGAAUGCACUAUAGCGCUGGGAUGCUUUUUAGGGAUGAUACUGAAGUUUAUAUUAUGAAGGAAAAUUGGGAAAUACUUUCAACAAAACAAAACAGCUUUUAAUACGAAUGUUGCAGUUGCAUUUAUUGUUUUGGAAUUGUUGGUGCAAUUUCUUAAAGCGGAUAAUCCCCUCAUCAGUAUAUCUCAGUGUUGAAUUUUUUUCAAACUAUUUCAGUGAUGAGAUUAUUUUACCGCAUUAUUUCUAUAUUUUUAUUUUUAUGACCAGAGGUGCCAUUAAAUUUGGAAGGGCACUGGAUUGGCUUAUAUUUUUAUAUAACAGGAAAUCUAGUACAUGCGGUUUCUCUGUCUCUUUUCUAUGCCUCUCAGUGGCUCCCCUCCCCCAAAAUAACACAAAUUUCAAUGCUGUUUAUAUAUAAUAAAGGGAAUAAGAAAGACUGUUUUAUGGUCAAAUUUUAUAGGGUAAGUCCACAGAGUUUUCACAGCAGAAUGACAUCAUUAAUACAAAAAAUAGGGCUGGGCGGCCUGGGUGUGUAACAUUUUAAAAACAAUAUUACCAGAUGCGUAAUCCCCUAAAAAUACAUGGUGUACACAGCUUCCCAGCUUUUCAUGAGCAGCAUUAACUCAAUCUGUCCUUCAGGGCUUCACUGAAGCAUUUUCCUAAAAAUAAAAAAACAAAAAAGAACAUUUGACAUGGGAUCUUUAAGCUCAUUAAUCGGUUGCAGGGUAAUUUAUCUCCAAAUGCCAUCAGAAAAUUAAAUAAGUGAGAAGAGAAAAUUGUAAUUUUUCACAAAGUUGCAUGAUAAUUCUGCACACCAAAUAGUUGCCCAACAAUUGUGACUGACCACAGCAAAAGCAGGAAGAAGUCUACUUUAAGCCAUCCAACGACGUCAAAUAGGUGAAAAUCAAAAAAUUAAUGAAUGAGAUGUGAGCAUCUGAAUGUUGGAACUCUAGAUUCCAAAAUUCAGAAAUAAGCAGAUUUCAAAGUUUCUUCACAAACCUGAUUCUUUUUUCAGAAAUGGAUAGUUUUUCUUCUUUUUCUCUGUUUGUUCUCUGCCAACUUGUCCCUACAUUUGCUAUGGCAAGUCACAAUUUUCUCCUAAGAAAGCAAAAAACUAAUUUCUUAAAAUGAAACCUCAGAUCUGAGGCUUAUUAAUGUUUUGGAUUGAUAGAGAGGACUGUUCAACAGCAGAAUAAAUCCACAAAAUACAACUGACCUAAUAUUUAUACACCCAGGAUGUAUCAAGAAUGUCAUUCAGGCAUUUUGCAUAAAACUGUUACCUACUGAGACAGGUUGGCUGAAAAUGUGCAGUUCUUACAGAUAUCAAUGUAGAGAGAAAAGAUUUUCUGGACUGCAAUUUUCACCCUGAGACCAGUCAGUCUGGAUGCUGGGCUUCAAAAAAUGAACUUUUAUCAGUUUUUCUUUACCUAGUUGACAGAAUGUUUGAUCUGCCUCCCACUGACCUGACCAAGUUGCAGAAUAAUCACAUGUUCUUCCUCUGAAACUCUUCCACUCAGCUCUCAUCCUCAUGGUGAUCCAGAUCUGCUUUUCUCAUCACUGCUCAGAUUCAGAGGAUCUUUUGCUUUUAUCUUCUCAGUGGAUCAUUUAGAUCAGUGUGUGUGUGAGUGUGUCCCAGUAGGCCCAAACAUGAAACAGACUCUUUAAUAUUUGAAACCUUCUCAGAUGUGCAUUGGAGCAGUCAGAUGCUUCCUCAUCUUUAUACCUGGAGCCCCCCUACAGAGGUCGGAUUAAAGCCUCUGUGGUAGAGUUGAGUCUCUAAAGUCAGAUCAAUGGUGUCUAGUGGAGAGGUGAGGAUGUUAUUGGUUACACAGGUGACAGUAAGACACCGACAGCAGACUGUAAACACCCCACUUCUUGUUGACAUCCAUGAACUGCUCCGACCCAAUCAGAGGAACAAACACCACAACUGUUUGCUCAGUCCAAGCCCUGAAAGGCUGGAACCAGUCAGGCCACCUGGCUGAAACAUCGCUGUGAACCUGGACUAACCCUCCUGCUAACCUUGGCACCAGGGUCACAAGUGCAGUCCUAAUUACGCUGCAUUAUUUGUGGAAGAGGCCGGUCCAUCGACACCCGAGUGCACGGCUUUGCUCAUUUGUUCAGCAAAUUUACUCUGACCCCCAUCAACACUGACCAACCCCCCUCCCCAACCCGUUUCUCCUGGUGAAGUCCAGAUUCUGGAAGUAGCACGUUCAUAAUGAAUAUAAUUGUGUUAUAACCAAUGUAAUUACUCAGGUGACACUGUUUUUUGUAACUGUCAAGUCAGUGAAGUGAGCCGAGGAGAAGUUUGACUGAAUGGAGUUUUUCAGCUGCUUUUUACCGACCAUGAACCUUCAACUUAACACCUGCUCCGUAAACAGUCAUGCAUUUUUAUUCUGUGCAAGUCUAGAGUCAUCUCUUUUUGCUUUUUCUCCAUAGUAACUCUAGUGGAGCUGCAGAAAUUCACAGCUGAAGGGAGGGGAAACCAAUCUUUUAAUAUUGUUUCAAGAAAAUUAUAAGAAAUCCUGUUUUCAGUUUGCCACAAAGCAGGUGUGGAACAACAACUAUGUGGUAAAACACAUAGUUCACUACAUUCAACCAUCUAUUUUUAUAUCCUCUUGUCCCAUCAGGGUCGCCAGGAUGCUAGUGUCUGAUAUGCUGCUAUCAUUCAGUAUACGAUCUACCUGUCUGAGAAAGCCUAGAAAAUAAGUAUUUAAAAUCAAUCAUGUGAUUGUAACUAAAUGUUUAAACUCCAUCAUGUUUAGAGUUGCUGUUGAACUAUAAUAAAUGACUAACAUUUUGAUGUGUAAUAGUGGCACUUGACAAAAUGUAAUGUUUACAUGUUUUCUCAAUUCUUGACUGCGUGGUGUCUUCUAUGACCUUGUAUUUUUGUGUUUUCAUGAUGAAAACUUUGAACUGACUUGUUGCUGAAAUGUGCUAUACAAAUAAAUGUGAUUGAUUGAUUCAU